CUUGCACAAGAUCACUCCACAACUAAAUGCGAAUCUUUUAGCGGUGGAUCGUCGGUAGAAAUCUUCAUGGGCUGCGGUUCGUCCACGCCUGGAGCAGUCGUAAGUUUAUAAAAGUAGAUAUUUUUCCCACUAUCGAUCUCUCUAUUCCGUAAUGUGAAAUCGUGCGUGGCAAGACGAAUAUUGGCCGUCUGACAGUAUUGGACAAAUAUACAGUCUUCUAUAAUACGCUAUGUGUGUGAAAAAUCGUAUUGUACCCUUCACUACACGUAGUGCUUAAACGAAAGAAAAUCGGAGAUCGUGGUAGAUGGAAGAAAAGAAAAAUCGCCUUCAAACAAAUUUAAUCGCUACUCUAUAUAACACUUUUGCUUCGUCGAUUAAAUCGAGGAUGACAUUUGAAGAUUUAAAGCCAGAGAGCAUGAAGGAAAAGGCUUUUCUAAUAUCACGUGGAAGUUUAAAUAUAAAAAUGAAAAAAGAAAGACUGUUUGACGGAGGCUUUGGGUGCCAACAAGGUUCAGUAUCGAAUUUCUUGCUGUAGAGAAUAAAAAAUUUGCAUAUUAUCUUGAGAGUACACAGGUGAAUGCACAGGAGCAAAAAUAAGAGGUUAAUCAGUCUCUGCAUUAUCAAGAAAAAUAAACGCGUAGUUAAAAGGCACCUACCCUGCGAGCAGAGGCCCUUCGAUCUUCCUAGAUAAGUCGGGUAUCUAGGAAGAUCGAAGGGCCUCUGCUCGCAGGGUAAAAGGCACCUAACGAAUGUUUCCAUAUAUGUCAUAAGGUUUAGUGUCUCAAAUUGUUUCCUCUAUGCAUUCGAAAACAGUCUGGUUAACUUAGAGCUGCCCUAAAAGUUAUUUAUCUAUUCGGAUGACUUAGGUAAACUUUGGUCGUCUCGAGAGUUUUAAGUGGCUUUUUGGUCCCAUCCGAAACUGUUGGCUACCUUGAUGGGCCUACCCUCCGGUCGAAAGUUCCAGGACUUGUAGCGGCCGUACUUGCAUUAGAAGAUUCUUGGGAACGUUUUGUCCUCAUACCGAAUUUUUUAUGAGACCUUUUUAAUAUCAAUAAUUUCAUCUUUGUAAUAAAAAAAGCACAAUCUCCGAAAAUCGUAGGUACAAGUUAUACACCGAAUACCUUCAACGGUUAUUCAGAAUUAAAAAUUUCUAGGCAAUAUUUGCUCCUUUGAACAGUUAUUUUAAAGAAAAAAGUCCUUAGGUGCCCUUGUGAGUUGCUUUGUUUCAAAGAGGAAAUCUACUUAGCUUCUAUAGCUAGUUAAUAGGCAAUCCGCUUAAAUAAUCAUUCUACCUGACGUGUACACAAUUUUGUUCCUUUAAACUUGAUCUCAAAAUCUCAAAACAGUAAGCUGUUUGUGAUGAAUCUGAAAAUCUCGUUUUUGGGAGUUUCACAUGCCCAGCUGCUGAGAUUUUUGAACUAUUUGACUUUAUGCUUUGAAUUAUUUAGCCACUUCUUUAUAGUACAUGUAUCUCUUCUUUUAAAUUUCCCAACCCUAAAUUAUAGAUUGAACAUCUGGACCUCCAGACUGCAAGGUUGACAAAGAUGCUGACCAAUGAGCCACAUACCUCCCCAACCAUGGUGCCAAUGUCUUACAUAUGAACACAUUAACGCUAAUUUAUAGAUUUUGGCUUUUGUUCCAAUUGAUAGGUGACAACUCAACAGCCAGCAACUGUAGUAGCAGCACCUGGUCAAGCUGUUGGUAAGACAACAUGUAUUAAUGGUCUUAAAAUAAGUAAUAAAAUGGAAAUCUUGUUGUAUUAUUCUCAGAUGAGAAAAUCAGUGAAUGAUUUUGCAUCAUUUGAGUUAAAAGAAUAAGAUCAUGAUGGUGGUUGUGACAAUGAGGUAGAAAAAGAUAAAGGGAGGACACAAACCAAACAGGCUGACAUGACUGGAGCUUAACCUGGUUUCAGCAGUAUGAGUCCAGUAUGAAAAGAAAAUGGUGUCUGAGCCCAGGGCUAGUGGAUUUUGCUACCAGGCUAGUGAAUUCUGUUCUCAACUUGCCGAGGGGCAGGUAAACUUUUUGGGGGGAAUUCACUGUAAUCAAUCCUGCUCAUCCAAAAAAAUUUGGGGAGGGGGGGGGGCUAUAUAAAGUGACUCUUGGGCUAGUACAUUCUAGCUACAGCUAGCCGGAAUGGCAAGCUGUAAAACAGACUUUCUUCACACCCUGAUGAGGUACCCAGGAUUAAUGUGACUUUCCCCUGGAUAACUCUGCUUCACAGAAGUUAUCUAACCUGGGUUACAGUAGAGAUUCAAUCAAUAACCAGAAAUGCAUUUUGAGCUUCCCUUCAACCUAUGGUACAUGUAACUGGCAAAUUAAUAAUGGCAUUUUUAACAGGCCAAUCAUGGCACAUUAUCAAAUGCCGGUACACAGGUGGGGGCCCAGAACAAGGAUAUCGGUGCUUUUUCUCUAACAGGCUAAACCAGAAGUUUGGUAAUUAUUGUGAGGAACAACUCCCCUAAACUGACAGACAACCAACAGUCAAGCAACGGUCGACCGACAAUAUGCCAGUCGAUCAUGUCUUAGGUGUUUCAUUUUUAACAGUUUUUAGUGAGAGACUGGCCACUGAAUCAUGCUUUAGGUGUUUCAUUCAUGCAGAUGUUAUUGUCAGUGAGGUGUCCAUAAUAUAUGAGUAAUGUGUUGCUUAAUUGUCCGCCGGCAGUUGACCAACAGUUGGCGGACAGUCAGUUUAGGGGAGUUGUUCUUCACAAUUACCCGAAGUUUAGUUCCGUCUGUUGCAUAAGUCACCCUACUAGGCCAUCACAGGGUCACCCAAAGCUGUAUCAUAUGACUGGUGCCUUAUUUUAUACACCAUGGUCAAGAGGGACAUUACAAAGAAAAGCUUCCUGUCUGAGGAAACAAUGCAGUGGCAAGCUUUGAACCCUCACUGCCAGAUGUAAAGUUCAAGAAGUUUCAACCCAUGGACACCACAGGCCCUUCAUUUUGUAAUAAUGAGUUGGUUGAAUGUAGAGAUAGUAUAAAAACUUAGUUGUUUCACACUGGAUAAAUUUUUCUGUUAUAUUUUCAGUGCAAUAUCCUGCAGCAUAUCCACAACAACGAAUGAUAGUAAACCAAGGGUACCCCCAACAGCGUGGGCCACCACCAGGGUACUAUAAUCAACGUGCUUAUGCAGGACCUCCAGGAUAUGGGCCCCCACGGAUGGUCCAGCAGCCUCAAACAGUAGUUGUUCAGAAUAGAGACAAUGGAGGGGAUCUUCUGGUUGGAAUGGCAGCUGGUGCUGUUAUGGCAAAUGCUUUGCAUGGACAUCACCACUAUGGCUACGGAACUCACAUCCAUGUGCACGACCAUGAUCAUUUCCAUGAUGGUGGAGAUCACUUUCACGAGCACCAUCAUUAUGGAGGGCCAGAGUAUCAUGAACAUUAUGGUGGCGAUGGUGGAGGGUUUGAUGGAGGUGGUGGGUUUGAUGGAGGUGAUGGGUUUGAUGGUGGUGGAGGUUGCGAUGACGGUGGUGGGUGUGAUUAG